ACUAUUGCUCAGGAGCUGGCAGAGGCCGAGAGCAAGAUUGUCGAAUUAGGAAUCUUUCAGCUAACGUUGAUGAAAAAACUGCGAGAAGAGUUCAAAAACCAUCAGCAAUCUGUGAAAACUGAGGUAGUGACGGGGUCUUUGGAUGAGCGGCGAUCCGAUCUGGUCACCUCCAUCAGCAGGGGUCGCAAGCAGAAGUUGAUGACGCGGGAGCGCAACUCGCCCUCAGAUGAGUCGGAGGCGAGGCUGUCGCCCGCCCGCGUCCGAGCAAGGAACCCCACCCGGCCCGAGCAUCUGAGCCACAUCACCUUCCUGGAAUACUUCCGACUGGCCACCAACGACGUCUAUGCAGAGAUGCUGAAGAAGAAGUCUGGGCGAAAGCGAAGAAGCACGGCCAACCGCCAGUUUGUAUACAGCAAACGGGCGGAUCAUGUCUCAGCACCAGAGAACUUUUUCAAACAGUACAAUAAUUUUCCUGGUGGAACCUGGAACUAG